AUGGAAACAGUGGGCUUCAUCUCAGUGGCUAUUACUUUGUUUUACAUGCUGCAUGGUGAAAGGAUGAUCAAUGCAAGGCAUUCAAUGAAAAUAUAUCUUGGAUCUCGUGAGCCAGUCAACAAUCACCUCCCCAACUGUGUGCUGUUGAAGAACCUAAAUAACGGUUCAGAGGAUAUAACUGUUUUUGGAGAUGGACUGGCACUUAUCAGCUCUGGUUUGAAAUACCCUGGACUGCCAUCCUCUGAUGUUCCUGGGAAGAUUUUCUUCCUUAAUCUGAAAAAGUCUGACAUGGAACCAAUGGAGCUGCCCAUAUCGGGGAAGCUUGACCUGGAGACGUUCAACCCUCAUGGCAUCAGUGUCUACACAAGUCCAGCUAAUGGCACGGUGUACUUGUUUGUUGUGAAUCAUCCUCAACAUAAAAGCCAAGUAGAGCUGUUUAAAUUUGAUGAAGCGGGAUUGUCUCUACUGCAUCUAAACACCUUCAAACAUAGACUUCUUCACAGUGUGAAUAAUAUUGUGGCUGUAGGAGUGGAUCGUUUUUAUGCCACCAAUGACCAUCAUUUUCCAGAUGAACUCCUGAAAACUACUGUGGAGCCUCUUCUGGGUCAACCCUUGACUAAUGUUGUGUAUUACAGCACAGAGGAGGUCAAAGUGGUCUCAGAGGGCUAUUACAUGGCAAAUGGCAUAAACAUCUCACCAGACCAAAGGCAUAUAUAUGUGGCGGAUAUACUUGAUCAUAAAGUACAUGUAUUGGAGCGGAAAACCGACAAUGCAUUGGUUUCUGUGAAGUCUGUGUCUGUGGGUUCAUUUUGUGACAAUAUCGAAGUCGACCCGAAAACAGGUGACCUGUGGUUAGGUUCCCUCCCUAACAUAUGGAAAAUGUUCCAGUUUGACCCAAAAAAUCCACCUGGAUCAGAGGUCAUCCGCAUCCAGAACAUUCUCUCGGAAGAACCAGUAGUUACGCAGGUGUACGCCGAUGAUGGUCAUGUGAUUAUGGGCUCAUCUGUUGCUACCGUCUAUGGAAGAAAACUAUUAAUUGGAACUGUGUUUCAUAAAACUUUAUGCUGUGAUUUAGAUUAG